CAGGUGGGCAGCGGCCCCGCCUGGGCAGCAUGCACGAGUCUAUUUCGUGACGGCGAGGGGGAACUAUCAUAGUAGUGCUUUUUAUGAGGAAGUCUUUGGUGGGCAAGCUCCGUGGUGGGAGGAAGAUGCAUCACUAACAUCGUUCACGGCGUCGGUCUCUUGAUGUUUCUUGAAGAGGGAGUUAAGUUAGAUUGCAAAGUUUCAAGAAUCCUUUGAAACCUCAAGAUUCAGUUGGUCCCUUAUUCGAUCGAUCUGAUGUGUUACGCUGCGUUGGAGAUCAAAAGAUGUGUAUUGAAUCGAUAGGUAGGGAUCGUGACCGACAGCAGCUCUUUUGUUGCUCCAAACUGUAUUAACUAUCUGCUUCUGCUGGUCAAGCGGCAGACGGGCAUCUGAGGGAGAAGCAGUUCCGGUCCAAGUCAUGAAGAGGACAAUGAAGUUCUGCAAUCCAUCCUCAGGUUCAGAAAGAUGUCCUGCGUGCCUGUGGCAGUCCCAACUGCUUUGCUACAAUUGAAGCUGGGUUGGGGUUCUAGUACUAGUGCAAUUCUCAACAUUUAUCUCCACCCGAGCCAAGGUCUGGCAUGUUGCAACAUGGCGGCCCCCAUCUUCCCAGACACCCGAUGGCUGGGCGAAGAGCACGACAUGUAUGAGCGAGUAUCUAUUGAGGAGUACUCAGAACUUAAUCGAGUCCGUAGAUCGUCCAGAGUUAUUGAUUCGAGUUGUGAAUACCUCGCAAAGCUGUAAUGCCUGAUUACGUUCGGCCUAUUGGAAGCAGUGAUUGAAGUUAAGAUUGCUGAAAUUCAACUGCUAGAAUUUAACAGCAGCGGUGAAUAAGUGUUGACGAGUAAACAUCUCCCAGGUCUGUUGCUGGAUUUUCGAAACCGUUUUCUAGAACUAUAAGGAAACGACAGAACAUGCAUCCCUGUCGUCUGUCACGAGUGGGCAAGGCGCAUUGAGGCUGCGUACACUCACGCAUACAACGGACUAUUUUCCGAAACCUUGGAAGAGUAUUACAGCACGUUUUUUUCGGCCGGUCUGGAACCGCAGGUGUUGGCGGAUAUUAUCAUUCAGAUGGCUUGCAUCUUUGAAGCAGUUCAUGUUUCAACCUUGGUAUUUGAUCCGGAAGUGAGGCCGAAGGUGCACAUCGGAAUCACGUUCAUGUGGGCUCAGCUAAUCCCACAUCGGUAUAGGGCAACUAUCGUUCCGGGAGGAUGGUGCCCGGCAAUUGACGUGGGUAUAAUUGCAAGAGACGGCCUAGCAUGCAUUCUAGGAUAUGCCCGUACUUUGAAAAGCCCUCAAAGCAGAUCGUCCGUGGGACAUGGGGCAAGUAAACCAGAGUCAUGCGUGGUGAAUACAAGAGAUACGACCAAUAAUCCACCAAAACAUGUCUCUGAAUCAUGCGAGUGCAACAAUUCUAUGCCUUUGUUGGAGGAUGUCAAGCGUUUUCUACAGAAUCGGAAGAUACCGGCUGUGGAUUGGUGUCCUGUACAGGACAAGCUAAGAGUCAAGGACUCCUCCAGCACGCCAUUUGUAGCGAUUUCUCAUGUCUGGGGCGAUGGGUUGCGUGGUACGACUGAGAAAGGUCUUCCUGAAUGCCAAGUUCAGCGGCUUGCAAAAAUGACGAAGGGAUCCUGAAAGAUCUGGGCAAGGCCGGGAACGGAGCCUUCUGGAUUGAUACUCUCUGCAUCCCUGAGAUGGAUGACAUGAAACACCGGGCGACAUGGUUAAUGGCCCAGACGGACAAAGAAGCGGAGGCAGUGGUGGUGAUUGAUUCUGGCAUUCAGGAAAUUUCGAGUUCAGCAUUGUACGAGGAGAAACUUUUUAACGUGUUGUACUCACGAUGGAUGCAGCGACUUUGGACUUUUCAAGAAACGGCUAUGGCUAAGAAGCUAUACUUUGAGUUUUCGGAUGGUCUUGUAUCUCUGGAUGAGCUUGUGCCAAUUCGACAAGUUUCUUUCCUUGGUGACAUUAACCCCGUGCUUUCUUCUCUGUUCGGUGAGGUUUGGGGGCUCCUGGGGUGCAUUCCAGGAGAUUUAGGCCUAGUAUUCGUGUCUCGUAUUUUCCGCCAACGAUCCUUGAGCAAACCAAGUGACGAAUUGCUUGCAGUAUGUAGCGUGUUGAACUUGGACGGCUUUGAACUGGCGAGGAUCUCUAAUCCAGAAGAACGCAUGGUUUCCUUCCUCCAGAUUGGAAAGCUACCAUCCUUAAUCAUCUUUGAUUUACUCCUACCUUGUGAGUGGAGACUGGACAAGGAAGGAUUUCGUUGGGCGCCUAAAACGUUCAUGCGGGGUAAUGAAAUUGAAUAUGUGGGCUUCUUGAAAGGUGAGUGUGACGUGCUUUGCACAUCCACUAGCCUUGAAGCAGAAUACGUUGCCAUAACCCAAGGCGUGGUGCUCGAGGGAGAGAAAGGCGAGUGGUACUUUAGCCACUUAAAUGAAGGACGCACGUCCAUAUGCAAAGUUGAAUAUUUUACAAAACUUAGAUCUGUCAAUAUUCCUUCUUGCAAUGCGAUAUUGCUUGAUGCAAGGAAUGAUGGGGGUUUUCCAGCAAAAAUAUAUAAUCUAUAUUUUCUGUAAUCUUGCAAGAUUUACAGUAUCUGCCUCAUCAAAACCUUAUUUGGGAAAACCUGACUAUAAUCAAGGACAAAACAUUAGAUGAAGGAGAAAGAGUACAAUGCCUUGUUUCAAUCUAUACUCAUGGUAAAAACCCAAUGGAUAAAAAUCCAUCAAGUAGAUAAAAAGGGUUGCCUAAUUAUUAUGAGCAAUCUCUUCUUUAAUACACUCACUAGUUCCCUUGCUCAAGAAAAACAAGUCGCUGCAUACCAAUGCCAUAGACAAGUUUGCGAUAGAUGUAUAAUGAAAGAGCCUUAGUGAAGAGAUCAGCAAGGUUGUCCAUAGAUGCUAUUUUCUUGAAUUCAAGCAUCCCUUUUGUCACCAAGUCAUAGGUGUAAUAAAAAUACUUUCAAUCUA